AUGUUCUCAAUAAAUUGGUUAAUUAGUGAUACAUUGGAGUUAGAUGAUACAUUCAAAGAUGAUUAUGAUGAUGAUUUUUUUAGUAAUAAUAACAAUGAUAAUGAAUAUAUCAAAAGACAAUAUCCAUUAACAAUUAAACGUUAUUUAACAAUGACAGCUGAAAAAUAUCUAUGGAAUAAAUUAAUGAAUGAAAUGAAAACUGGUGGUUUACAAAAAUUGAUGCAUCCAAGAGUACCUACUGCUUUAAGAUUUGGUUAAAGAAGAUAUGAAAUAAAAAUGAAAUGAAGUUGACAAUAUAUAGUUUGUUUUUUAAUAAUUUAUGAAUUAAUACAUUUGAAAAGUUCUAUUAUUUAAAUAA